CCAACCGUUGAGAAAUAAAACGCUGUUCUUCUCCCCUCGCCUUCGCCUCUCCCUCCCUCCCUCUCUCUCUCUCGCUCUCUCACCCAAUUCCUGAGAGAUCGGCGCCCCCACUAGAAUCCUCCUGCUCCGGCGACGGCGGCGGAACGAUGGUGACGUCGGUGGCGUCGCCGAGGAGGUCGAUAAGGGAGGCCGUGUUCCAGAGCGUGCUGGCCUACCACCAGCAGCAGGAGCAGCAGCAGGGGAGGCACAAGAGGAGCUUGACGUGGGGCGGACAGGCCAGCGCCGGCGGGCUUAACGAUGACGACGAGCCCGGGUUCUGGGAGGAGGAGGAGGGGACCAUGGAGCUCGUCCAGUUGGGGGCGGAGCGGACCAAGAACGUGCUGAUUCUUAUGAGCGAUACAGGGGGUGGGCAUCGCGCCUCCGCCGAGGCCAUACGCGACGCCUUCCGCAUCGAGUUCGGGGAUGAAUACAGGGUAUUUGUGAAGGAUUUGUUCAAAGAACAUGCUGGUUGGCCACUGACCAAUAUGGAGCGGUCAUACAAGUUCAUGGUGAAGCAUGUCCAGCUAUGGAAGGUGGCCUUCCACAGUACCUCUCCUCGUUGGGUCCAUUGCUUAUAUCUUGCUUCACUUGCUGCCUUCUAUGCCAAGAAGGUGGAGGCUGGUUUGAAGAAGUACAAGCCAGACAUCAUCAUCAGUGUCCAUCCCCUCAUGCAGCACAUUCCUCUGUGGGUGCUCAAGUGGCAGGGCCUUCAGAACCGAGUAGUUUUUGUUACCGUCAUCACCGACCUUAACACUUGCCACCCCACAUGGUUCCACACUGGUGUCAACAGAUGCUACUGCCCUUCAGAGGAAGUUUCCAAGAAGGCAUUGCUGGAUGGCCUAGAGCCUUCUCAAAUUCGAGUGUUUGGUUUGCCAAUCCGGCCAUCCUUCUGUCGUGCAGUUCUAGUCAAGGAAGACUUGAGAAAGGAGCUUGAGAUGGAUCCUGAAUUGCCUGCAGCGUUGCUGAUGGGAGGAGGUGAGGGAAUGGGUCCAGUCAAGAAGACUGCGAAGGCUCUUGGAGAAUCUCUAUUUGACAAGGAGCAUGACAAACCAAUUGGGCAGCUAGUUGUUAUUUGUGGCCGUAACCAAACUUUGAGCUCCGCGCUACAGGCUUAUCCAUGGAAAAUCCCUGUGAAGAUAAGAGGAUUUGAGACCCAGAUGGAGAAAUGGAUGGGAGCUUGUGAUUGCAUUAUAACAAAGGCGGGACCAGGUACUAUUGCUGAAGCUCUGAUUAGGGGACUUCCUAUUAUCCUCAAUGACUUCAUCCCUGGACAGGAAGUUGGCAAUGUACCCUAUGUCGUUGACAAUGGAGCUGGAGUGUUCUCCAAAAGCUCAAAGCAAACAGCCAGUCUAGUUGCUGGUUGGUUUGGCCCUGAAUCAGAAGAGUUAAAGAGGAUGUCACAGAAUGCAUUGAAACUGGCACAGCCUGAUGCUGUUUUCGACAUCGUCAAGGACAUCAAUGAGCUGGCUCAACAGCUCGGGCCCCUCUCUCGCAUCUCUUAUUCCCUGACUUCAUCAUUCUACCAACCAAUGUAAGAGCCAAUCCGUCAACAACUCCAACCUAUGCUUUGGGAGUUCGAAUAUGCGCGAUAUGUGCAGCUAGAGCUGACAUUUUUUGGUCUCGGCAAUGGCCUCGUUUCCCCAUUGAGAAUCCUGUAAAAAAAGCAGCCAGGCGAGCGGGCUGGCGUUUUGGUUCGAGAAAGGACUUUGGGGGAGUAAUACUUCUGUUGGUUUGUGUAUCAUUUGCAUUUUUAAGACACUGUUGAGACUGUCAAAAUUUUCUCAAAGAUGUUCUUGUUGUGUGUGAACUAUUGGUUGAUUAUUUAAGUUUCAUUUUAUGAUAUGUCUGCAAAAUUUUUGUCC